AUGUUGACUAAUAUCAAUGACGAAGCAUCAUCAGAUGAUAAUCAUUUAAAUUCAAUUAUUAAAAUACUUUCAGAAGUUGAAAAAGUUGGUCUCAGAACAAAAUAUGAAUUAUUUGGAUUUGCAAUUGAUCAAAAUGGUAAAAGUAUUGUUACAGAGAGAGUUAAGGCAAUUGAGAAAUACGGACAACCAACAACUAAUUCACAACUUCGACGAUUUAUUGCUGCAAUUAUUAUCGAGGAAAUAUUCAAAAUUUUGCAAAAAAUAUUUCCAGCUAAAAUUGAUCAUAAUUUCAAAUUAAGGAAAAAUUUUAUAAGAAUAGCUCAUGAAUUUACUAUUAUUGAUGACAAAUUAUAUAAACUUGGAAAAUUUGGUCAAUAUUUCAGAAAUUUAGUUGUUGAUGCAGAUGAAAUAAAACACAUAUUCAAUUUAGUUCAUAAUGAUCGUGGUCACUCAAAAAUUAAUUACAUGUAUCAAUACAUUAAUCAGUAUUAUUUAAUACCAAUUUUAUAUUCACUUAUUAAAGAACAUAUUAAGAAAUGUCAUGAAUGUCAAACACAUGAUGCACAUGGAAUUGAGAAAGAUCAAUUAUAUAUUCAUUUACCAUUAGGACUUUUUCAUACUAUAGUUAUUGAUACAAUUGAUACAUAUAUUUUAUCAGCUAGAGAUCAUUUUAGUGGUUGGAUUGAAGCAAGAAUUAGUAAUACAAAUUCAGCAUUAGAUGUUGCAACAUUAUUAUAUGAAGAGAUUAUAACAAGAUAUGGAAUAUUUAAUACACUUUUUCUGGAGCAUGGAUCAGAAUUUUGUAAUCAAGUAAUUAAUCAUUUGACUAAGUUUUACAUUAUUCAUCAUAAAAUUGCUUUGUUAAUCAUCCAGCAUCAAACGGUAAGAUAG